AUGAGCGAUAUCAAAAACGAUAUCAAAAACGCGAUGAUGGCCUGCCAAAUCGAAGAAGCCGCAAACUUCACCGCACGACUGAAGACUCUCCGGCAGUCAUGCAUAAGCAGCCUCUUGGAGCUCAGGCACUUCCCCAAUGUGAUUUGGCAGCCAUCUGAUGGCCCCGGCGGGAAUCCUGCGAACGAAGUCGAUCGGAUUCAGCUAAAGCUCGCGAUCGAAGUGACCUGGCGUGACAACAAACCGAUCUUCCCGCCCGUCAACACCCGACUAUCUGAUGAACUAACCUACCUGGCGGUCAAGUACGUUUCUGCCAAGGCGCGUGGUUCAUACUGGCCCUACGACUUCACGGUUCAGGGCGACAUCCGAACUUCUCGGGUGCCGUCUGGCCCGCCGGUUAUUGUUUGGGCUCACGGCUUGCCGUUCUUCCCUGUUUACCGUGGUUAUUACAUCCUCACCGGCCGCGAGCAUGCUCGAUACAUUGGCUGGAAGAUGCGGGUCAAGGAUUGGGGCGUGUGCAAGCUUGCCCCCAUCUGGUCCAUCGGUGCGGUCCUUGCUCCCGGCUCUGCAGUGGCACUGCCUCGCAACCUCGAUCGCCAGCUGCGACUCCACACGCCUAACAUGGCAGAGUUGUCUUCGCCCUGGGAGAAGGACCUGCACCCCGAUUUCAUGUCUUCUCGGCACCACCUGUGUGCUGUCCUGCCCCGAGGCGCCGGCCAUGCUUUUAUCUUUCCGCUGUGCAAGUUCCAGGGCUACCAUGUGAACUGUGGUCCGCUUCCGGGAGAUGGGCUUGGUACGGUCCAGAUGAAGAAGAGUUACUUCAGAAAGUGGGUUGAGGGCUUUGACUAUCCGACUAUGGUCGACAAGCCCUAUGUCAAUGAAAAUACACCCUGGCCUCUUGGAUAUCAGAUGGAACCGGAGCAGGAGGAUGAUCCGCAUGGUCCAAUUAUGGUGCUAGGAGGAACUAUUGCAAACACAAAUAUUAAGAACGAAGACAAGGAAGAUGGUAACAAGCUUUCACAGGAGGAGGAUGCCGUCAACACCCUGAUUAAGAAGGAGCAUAGCGACAUGAUUUGGGCUGCUACGGAUCCUGAGCCAGAGCCAGAGCAGCACAUGGCGAACAGCAACGGCGGCUACAUCGCCAACGACAUCGCCAGCACCCUCGAGUCUCAUGCCUCGAUUAUCAAGCGUCAACACUCGAUGCCUUCAUCGAUUGCCAGCUCUAACCCACUUCUUUCUUCUCUUCCUUCUCAGCCUGUCUAUCCUCCUCUUCCCUCUUCUCUCGUCGCCUCCACCUCUUUUGCUCCAAGCUUCGCCGUCCACACUCCCGUGGCCACUCCCAUCAAUCUUCUAGUUCAGCCCGUCGCUGUCCAGUCUGCUGGCGACAACCACGAGCCUUUCUCUUUCAGCGACUACCUCAACUUGACCCCUGACAACGCGACUCCCGAGGCAACUUCCAAGACUCCUGGUCAAGAUACUAUCGAUAUGGGCAACCAGAUCAGUAUCGAGUCCACCGACGGCGCCGGUGACAGUAGGUCCACGGUGAUCAACACCCACGGCCUUAGCCGCCUGCAGCUCGCCAAUCCUGCCGCUCAGGCUGCCCUUCUUGCGACUGUUCAGUUGGCCAGCGCUGGUACCACUCCCCAAGCCACAGUCCACCUGCAGAUCGGCCAACCCGAGGCUCGGGCUCUCGUUGCCGCUGCUCGAUCGGCCGUCGCUGCUGCCAACAUCCAGGCCAAUUCCCAGGUGAUUACCCAGGCCCCCCCUGGUGCUACCACCCAUGCCAACGCGCAGGUCGCUACUCAGGCCAUUACCCCGGUCCCUGAUCAGCCUACCACGCAGGCUCCCGCGCAAGUUCCAGCCCCGGGUCAGGUCCCCUACCAGCCGCUGCAUGUCCAGGCCCCCAAACUACUCUAUAUGGACGAGCGCGCGAUGACCAUCAACUUCGGCGUUAUGUUCAUGCACCAAUACCCAGGCAUGCACCAGAUGUUCCGCAACAUGAUGCUGAUCUACCACGGCGGCAGGGCGAAGCACCGUGCCCAUGAUGCCGGCGACACCAACGAGCAAUCGAGUGCCCACGCGCUGACCCUGCUGAACCUCGACAUCAAGAACACACACAACCGGAUUCUGCACGACCUCUUCCUGUUUCGUCCCAAGAGCGUUGCGCACGCCAUCAUGGACUUCUACGACAAGACCGGCUUUCUUCAGACCGCGUACCCGGAGCUGUAUCUUGAGCUGCCUCCGAACACCAUCCGUCGGCCUGGCUUCUCGCUAGAUGACCUGCCUAAGGAAGAUUUAUUUCUGUCCAUCGUUGCUUCUAACCGGACUAUGUAUGCUCAGCCGGGUCUGACCUAA